AUUCGUAGGAUGCUCCAUCACUCACAAGGGUCUCCAUCCCUCGUGCGGUGCUUCAUCAAGUGUGGGACCACGCUCCGUCAGUCGUGAGAUGCUUCAUCUCUCGUGAAACAAUGUUCCCCAACCCCGUGGGAUGCUGGAGAGUCACUUACAAGGGGCUCCAUCUCUCAUGAGAUGCUCCGUCCCUGACGAGACUCCCCAGCACUUGUCAGACACUCCUCCACUUCUGGCGGGCAUUCCCACGGUCGCCAUGGGGAAGGGACAAGGGGAUACGUGGCGCUGCCAAGGGGCAAAGUGCUCGAGGUGCAGGCGUGGGCACCUCCUGGGAUGCAGUUUGCGGAGCAGCUGGUGCAGACAGCCGGAGCUUCCCGGCCGCCCGCUGCGCUGGGGGCUGGCACGGCCGGCUCCAGGCACUGACGUAUGUUCAGGACAGUCUGAGCGAUGACAAAGUUUUUCAUCCGGCUGCCUGCAGUUCCCUCUGCACCGCCCCUGCGGCUGCGGGGAGGGGUAUGGUCCUCGCGGGUCCCCUGGGUGCCGUGGGAAGCACUGGACUGUCGGCUGUGCCGAGAGGAGUUGUACACACACUGCUGGGACUGCUGGAGAGCCACGGCCACGCUCGGAAUGGGGCUCCGGCUGCCUCUGCGCCGGAGCACCAGCUUCACCCCCGACCACCCUGCCCUCAUGGAGGUGCCUGGCCCCACUGCCCUGAAGAUGGAAGCAAAUGUCCUUGUGAUGGGAGCGGACAAUGUGGGGAAAUCAGCUCUGACUGUGCGUUUCCUGACCCGGCGCUUUAUCGGGGAGUACGGAGACAUGGAAUUCAUCUACAGCCACAACGUGACGGUGGAUGGACGAGAAAUUCUCUUCCACAUCUGGGAUGCCCCCAAUUCUCAGGAGCAGACAGAGGAUGGCUCCUCAGAGGAGAAGCGAAUCCAGUGGGCAGACAGCUUUGUCCUGGUCUACAGUAUCUGUGACCGUGCCAGUUUCAACAUCCUGCCCCUUAAAAUCCAGUUCAUCAAGGCAGCCAAGGAGGGUCAGAGCCAGGAGAAGGUGCCCAUCGUCAUUGUGGGCAACAAACGGGACCUGCACCACCAGCGGGUGGUGACCAGCGAGGAGGGUCGGCUCCUCGCCCUCUCUUUGGACUGUGGUUUCUAUGAGGUCUCUGCAGCUGAGGCUUAUCAUGGGGCUCUCAUGGUCUUCCAUGGACUGGCCAAGCGCAUCCCAGACACCAAACUGGCACUGAAAAAGGGUACAGGGAUCCGUGGCAUUGUCAAGACCAUGUCGGCUGUGUUUACCCGCAAACGAACGGACUCCCUCUGAGCUACAGCGUGGAUGUUGCUGCUCUCUGUGCUGCCCAGCUGGGCCAGGCCUCCUCCUCCCAUGGAGGUGGUGUGAGUCUUUCCAUAAGUAUGAUGGGUUCCUUGCUGUCCUCCUAGUGUCAGGUCUGGGUGUCCUGCCAUACACAGUCAAUGCAGCCAAGGACUGAAUGCAUUACCCUUGGCUCUGUGACGGGACAGAAUCUCUACUCUCUUCUGUACCAGCUUUUUAGGUGCCUCCUGCUUAUUCUUUCUAUCCUCCAACACUGGAAACCACUGGGUGAUUUUGCCACAGCUCCAGGCAGCAGCAUCCCCAGCUCCUGCAGCAGGAGCUACCCAGGCUGUCGGUGAGCAGAGGUGACACACUGCUUCUGUACAGCACCCUAGUCCUUGUCUCUCCACUCCUACCCUGGGAUCCUUAUUCCUGUUUAACGCUCGUCAGGAUCCUCUCCAGUAACCCUGGAGCACCCAUGAGCUGGAAGGUGGGGGUUUCUCCACCGGGAGGCACUGGCAGUUCCCACGUGUGUAUCACUGUGCCAGCGUGUCCCAGAGACCACGGCUCCGGCUGACCCUGGAGGUCCUUGGUGAGGGCUGAUGCCUCCCAUCCCACCCGCCUUGCUUUUGAGCCGUCCUCUCUCCCACAGCCUUUCAGUGAUCACAGCCCUUUCCCUUGUGCGAGUGAGCGCUCAACAGGCUGCGCCUGGGAAAAAACAGGCACUGGGCUUGUUCCCAGGAUGGGGAUGGUACCACAGGCCUUCCCAAGCCACUCCUUCUGUAAGGCUGCCUCUCCCUGGGGAGGAAAGGAGGUGGGGAAGGGGGUGUCUGGGCUCAUUGCCGAACCCUUCUGCUGCUGGGAGGUUUUUCCUGCCUCUCCCCAAACCCUUCCCCUCGUGCCCUGGGAAAACAGUGUGUUGGAAAAGGGUUUGUGUGUGCUGUAUGGACACUUGAUUUCUCUGCUGUGUUCUUCUGGAAAUGCAAUAAAUUGUCUUUG